AGAGACUUUUUCUCCCUUGUAGGAAUGUCCUUUCUGUGCAUCCUUGAUGAGCAGAGGCUGGUGCCAUCCCACUGAUAAGAACUCAUCUGUUAGAGCAGCAGACACCACUGAACUUAUGACUAAUGCUGUUCCUUCAGUGAGUUGUGAAUAAAUUGGUCUUUCCAGACACAUUGCUACCCCAGAGGAAGGGGUGACCAUUUUCUAGGAGGCAAUAUGAUUCCUAUAACACACUUCAGCCCUGUGAGCCAUGAGGUGAUGCCAUUCCUGUUUAAUGUGCUUUCAGGGGAAAGCAUUCAGCUGCCCCUAUUGCUAGCAGAAGUUGGAGGAGACUGUUGUUGUUGUGGCCCAGAGCAACUGUCCAUGGGGCUGCAGGUGGGCACAGUGGUGGCGCCACAUGAGUCUGAAUGGUGUCUGAGUGGUGCUCUGGGGCACUGCUGCUGUAGUAACACUGUAAGCACCAGCCCUUUCUGCUGACCUGGGGCUGUGGUGCAGUGAGGUUGAAUUCUCAAAUCACAGAACAUCCAGAGACAGGAGGAGCCCUAGGGAUCAUAAAGAGCAUCCUAUCAGUUCAGGCUCUGCCAUUCUGCUUCAGGGCAGGAGGUUUAACACCAGGAACACUACAGGGCUGUUUCCUUGGGCAUCAAAUACUUCCUCAGCUCUUUCACCAAGCAAAACGGCACAUUUAAAUGCGGCUGCUAUUAGUGCAGCAGUAGCAGCAAUGCAAUCCUUUUGCUGGGGGUCUUCAAGCUCAAUCAUUAACGGCUCGAAACAGCUCUAUUCGUAUAGCUGUAAGGUCCGCAUCAGGCCGGCUCCGGUUACCACGUUCCCCCGGCAGCCUCGGACCCGAGGGAGGGCUGGGAGCUCCGGUCCCGCCCCGGAAGGCGCUGCUGAGCGCGGCCAUGGCGGCACGGAGCGGCGGUGCGGCGAUGCUGCUGCGGAGGGGUCCUGUGCUGGGGCUGAGCCCGGUGCCUCGGCGGUACCUCUACAAGAAGAAGUGGGCCACCACCUCCCCGCGCAUCCCAGCCACACGCCUGGCACUGCACCACUUUGACACCACUUACAGCCUGCAGCUGCAGGAGCGCUGGCCGGCCGUGCGCUCCGCAAUGCUGUGCGAGCAGAAGUACGGAGCCCUGCUCAACAACUUCGCCUCUGCCGACCUGAUUGCCCAGCAGCUGGAGCUGCUCAGCGCCACCGAUUUUGUUUCUCAAGCUGCCAGAAGGGCGCGGUGUUGGCAGGAGAAUGAGAGUGUAGAAGUGGAGAGGAGGAAAACUUCCCUGGAGGGGUCUGGUGGAGAUGGGAUGAUGGUGCCAGCACAGACGUCACCGCUGCUUCAUGCCUCUGUCAGCUCCAACAUCAAGUGCUACACCUUCCCCAGGGGCGACAUCUCACGCUUCCAUCCUGCAUGGCCAGACUCUCUUGGGAUCCUCAGCUACUAUCUCAUGGAUGCAGCAUCUCUCCUGCCCGUUUUGGCCCUCAAUGUGCAGCCAGAUGACCUCGUCCUGGACCUCUGUGCAGCUCCAGGUGGCAAGACACUGGCUCUGCUGCAGACUGGGGCUUGUGGGCAUCUGGCAGCCAAUGAUGUCUCCAUUUCCCGAACAAAGAGGUUGUACCACAUUCUCAAAAGCUAUGUUCCCAAAGAAAUCAGGGAGACUGUGAGCAUUACAUCACACGAUGGAAGAGACUGGGGAGAGCUGCAAGGUGGAACUUUUCAUAAGGUCCUUGUGGAUGUGCCCUGCACAACAGACAGGCACUCCGUCAUGGAGGAGGAGAACAACAUCUUCCACAAAAUGAGAACCAAGGAGCGUCAGAUGUUGCCAAUGAUGCAGUUACAGCUGCUGAUGGCUGGGAUCCUUGCUGCCAAGCCAGAAGGAGAGGUGGUGUACUCCACGUGCUCCCUCUCUCAGCUGCAGAAUGAACACGUGGUCGAGAGAGCCAUAGACAUUGCAGAAACCCAGUUCAACAUCACUGUCCACGUUGAGGACCUGAGCCACUUCAGGAUGCUCUUCCAGGACACAUUUUGUUUCUUCUCAGGUUGCCGACUGGGGGAGCUCGUUCUUCCUCACCUCACAGCCAACUUUGGGCCUAUGUAUUUCUGCAAGUUACGCCGAGCAUAAGGGAUGGCAGAUCUGGGCUUGGGGAAGCUCAGCUUUCCUCACUGUACAUCUCUGGGCCAUCACAUUUGGAACUGAUGUUUUUUCCCCUUUGCUGGCUAUCAUGAAAUACCCUGAAUGUCCAGGGAAAGCAUAUUUAAAGGAUAUUUAUUUUUCUUUUUAAAAUGUCCCAGAUGAGCUAAAUUGUUUUCAUCUUAUAUCAGGAUAAUAAAUACUGCUGUGGAUGGAUCUCUGGCUUUCUCCAGGUCUCUACUCUCCUGUCUGCUUUGAGAAAAAGCAGAUUAAGAUCCUGAAAGAAGAGGAUCUGAAGAAUGUUCCUCUGCUGGGGUUGGAAAUACACUCUUGAUGGUGAUGCUUGAGGUCUGCUGGUGGAAAGAGCUCAGUGCUGUAGAGAGAGAUGUGUUGCCAUCUCCCACAGACAGGCAGAGAGGGGUGUGAGCACUGCCAUGCGUGCUGGAUGCUGUGUAAUGGCCAGUGGGAAAGUGUAUGAUUUUGGGUAGUAACUGCACUCAUAUGAUUGUAUCCAUCAGUGGAGGGUUACUCAAGUUUAUUAUAACAUUUUUAUUUUUGUGGGCAGAAUAGUGGUGCAGUAGAUAGACAUGGAUGUGUUCCAUGCAGGGCUGUUAGCCACAUAGUUGCAUCCUCUGCCAAGCAAGAAAACACUACUGAGUUUUGGAAUCCUUUUCCCUUAUCCUUGCCCUGCUUCUUGCAAGAGGCUGCGUAGAUGGAAACGGAGGUGACCACCCAUCCAUAUCCAUCCUUUCAGGAAGGUGCAGUUCAUGGAUUGUUGAUCAUUUGAGCUCAGCAUAAGCCAGUCCUGCCCGCUACGUCACAUCUCUGACAAGACAAGUGGUGGUGUGACUGCACAGUGUGCUGGUGGGGAGUGCUGGAUAGUUGUGGUUGUUUUCAGCCACUGGUGCAAACGGGGAAAAGGUGAACAAGAAGCAGAGGAAGGGAGGUCAGGUGU